AGUAUAAAAAAGAAGGUGUCGAGGGGAGGUGUCGAGCGCAGAGCGGUUUGGUCGUUGAUCGGAGCGGGAGUAUUCCCGGACUUUGGUUACUCGGAGCGAGGCGGAGUCAACGGCAUCGCCGAGCGGACGGAAGCGGCGGCAUCAGCAGCGAAUCCAGCUGAGGAAACAUCGACUGUUCGUUCGGUAAGACAAGAUGGCCCGUACAAAGCAGACUGCUCGUAAGUCCACUGGUGGGAAAGCUCCACGCAAACAGCUGGCCACAAAGGCUGCCAGGAAAAGCGCCCCCUCUACUGGCGGGGUCAAGAAGCCUCACCGUUACCGACCUGGUACCGUGGCCCUUCGUGAGAUUCGCCGUUACCAGAAGUCAACAGAGCUUUUGAUCAGGAAACUUCCUUUCCAGCGGUUGGUGAGGGAAAUCGCUCAGGACUUCAAAACAGACUUGAGGUUCCAGAGUGCAGCUAUUGGUGCCCUUCAGGAGGCUAGUGAAGCGUAUUUGGUGGGUCUCUUUGAAGAUACUAACCUGUGUGCCAUCCAUGCCAAGAGAGUGACUAUCAUGCCCAAAGACAUCCAGUUGGCUCGCAGGAUACGGGGAGAAAGAGCUUAAGUGAAGGCAGUUUUAUGGUGUUUUGUAGUAAAUUCUGUAAAAUACUUUGGUUUUAAUUUGUGACCUUUUUUGUAAGAAAUUGUUUAUAAUAUGUUGCAUUUGUACUUACGUCAUUCCAUCUUUCACUCAGGAUGAAUGCGAAAAGUGACUGUUCACAGACCUCAGUGAUGUGAGUGAGCACUGUUGCUCAGGAGUGACAAGUUGCUAAUAUGCAGAAGGGAUGGGUGAUAUUUCUUGCUUCUCAUGAUGCAUGUUUCUGUAUGUUAAUGACUUGUUGGGUAGCUAAAAUCGUAAGGUACUAGAAUCGAUAUAAAUGUGUACAGGGUCCUUUUGCAAUAAAACUGGUUAUGACUUGAUCCAAGUGUUUAACAAUUGGGGCUGUUAAGUCUGACCAUACAUCACUGUGAUAGAAUGUGGGCUUUUCAGAGGGUGAUAAUAUACAAGUCUUAACCACAGUGUAACUUACAGUUUCCUAAAAAAAAAAAGAAAAAAAAAACCAUAAACCUGGCAGCUAUAGAAUACACUAUGUGCAUUUAUAAUAGCUAUUUUAUAUAUUGUAGUGUCAACGUUUUUAAAUUAAAUGUUUUACAUUCACCUGUGGGGAGUCUUGUCAUUGAGAUGUAAUUAAAAGUCCAGUUGGCUUUCUCCUGGCUAAACUUCACUUGUUCUCCUACAUCAGAGUAGAACCACUCUACUCGGCAUCGUACCUUGCAUAAGUCCUCAUUCUACCACAUGUUAAGCAACCUUCUAGCUGAUAGUGCAAACAAUAACCUAGGAUUUUAUUUAUAAGGGCUCUUUUUAAACAACAAACUUUUCCACCAGCAUCCUCUCCCUGAUACUUGCAAAUUAUCUAGUGCAGUUCUUAAUAGUGAUAUAUGGUUGGUCUUAAUAGAUUUGGUUUUUUUCCUUUUAAUCAAAGGGAAGCUGAAUCAGUUAAGUUUACUAGAUUGGAUGCAAGGGAUAGAGGAGAUAGAAAUUACCUGCCGGGUGAAGUAUGUAUUAUAACCCUUAGAGUAACUUGCCUGGGGACGGGGAGGGCAAUACAUUUUCAAACUUUUCAUGGAAAUAUUGCGAUGGUUGUGGGGUUAGGGUCCAUCUGGUAUGACCAUCCAGAAAAAAAAAAUCACUUAGAGGCACUUCAAAGUGGUUUUAAACUUUAUCCUUCUAUUGAAGUUUUUAGGUCGAUUAUGUAUGUUGACUAAAAUAAUUUACAAAUAAACUUGUUUAUCCCAA